AUGACGCUGUACGGUUUUUUAGCCCUUGUGGCAUUCUCUUGUAUUUGUAAAGCGAGGAGUAUAGCGAAUCCUCAGAAGGAGUUUAUGGACAGAUUUGACAUAGCCAAGAAUCACAUAAACAUAAGGUGGUCUACAAAUGGUGUGUUAGGAAAAGGGGACUAUAAAUAUGAUAUAGAUGAUGAAGAGAAUGCAAACUCUAAGCUUAGCACAAAGAAUAUGACAGAAACCUGCCCAAACCAUGAUGUCCAAGGAAUGUACAAGGGUAGUUGUCCCGAUUAUGGGAAAACAUUCGUAAUGGAUCUAAACGGAGAUGAAUAUAAUGAAGAUUUUUUAAAUGAAAUUAGUUUCGGUUUGUUGAACAUGAAAUUGAAUCUUUCAAUAGAAAUUCCAUUGGAAAACAGUGGGAUGGCCAUGUACCAAGGUCUCUUUAAGCGUUGUCCUUUGGACGAAAAUCAUAGUUUGCUGAUAAAAAAGGAACAAGAAUAUGAUAUGUGUUUUAGACGAGUUUACAGUCAUAUGCAAUCCGCUAGAAGAAAUAAAAAACAUACGUUGCGGAAUAAAUAUUCACACUUUGGAUGGCACGGAUUAGGAGGUCGACUCGGCUCCAAUAUGAAUUACCCUCUACAUGAUUAUAAUCCGUCGGAAAGUCAUGAGACUAAAAAAAUGAGCUUCCCAGGCUUAAUAAAAGAUUUGUCCGACUGUUCUAUUUAUUCCUAUUGUAUGGGUCCAUGUUUUGACAAAGAUUUUGAUAACGAAUGUUUUCGCAGUUUACCUGUCGUUUUUAACCACAAAACGAAGGAGUGCGUUAUCCUAGGAACACAUGAAGGAAGUAGAAGAAGAAAUUGCCUGUCUCAAAAUUCAGAUGGUUUUGAGAGAUGUUUUGUGCCAAUAAAAAAGGAAAGAGGGAAAGAAUGGACCUACGCAUCGUCAUUUUUGCGUCCAGAUUAUGAGACAAAAUGCCCUCCAAGAUUUCCAUUAAAUGAUACAGUAUUUGGCUACUACAAUGAUAGUACUGGUGAAUGCAAAUCUGCUGUAAAAAAUGAUCAUGAGAGUUAUAAAACAACUUUCAAAAAUUGUAUUGAAGGAUUAUUCAAUCAUCUUGAGAGGGAUAGCGAAACUCGCAGAGAUAAUUUCUUAUGGGGGGUUUGGGUUUUGGAAGGUAGUUCCAAAAAAUUAAAUUCCAUGAAUGACAUUGGAAUGUGUUCCAUUUUGAAGAAGAAACCAAAUUGUGUCUUGAAAAAGGAAAACCACUAUUCCUUUACGAAUCUGACCGCGAAUUCUUUUGAUUUCGAUCAAAAUAUAACGUAUCCACAGGUGGAGGAGAUGCAUGAACAGGACGAUGAAGCGAGUAAAUUUGGAAAAGCCGCAUCGGAAGGAAGCGAAAAAAAAACAGAUUUAAGCGAAAUGGAUAAAAGGAGGAAAAAAUCGGGAAACGAAGAUAAAGAAACAAAACAGACAAAAGAAUAUGGAAUUUUGGAAAAGAAGAAGGAAACAAAAAUAAAUGAACACUCGGGAUUAAGCAUGAAGAAUCUUAACUAUAUGUUUUCCAUGCAAAAGAGUCACGAAUCAACACAUCCAAAUAAAGACGAUUCUAUUUUUAGAAGCAAGGGUGAACCUAUAAGUCAAAUGCUUGAACUGAAUCAGUCUUCCAGAAGUUAUUUGCACAAUCCAGGUGUUCGUGGCAGAGGAAGAUACCAAACUUCGUAUGUGAACUCCCCGACAAUAAAUUACAGGUCAGCUUCUCAGAAUGAAGCAAAUAUCAAUUCCGAAUUGUCGAAAAAUCCUCAAGCUAGAUUUAUGGAAAGAUUCGAUAUUCCCAAAAAUCACAUUUUUAUCAAUUGGAAAAAGGAAGGAAAUUUUGGAGAGGGUAAUUUCAAGUAUGAUGUUUUAUUGAAUAAAACUGCUGGUGCCGCACAGUCAUUAUUAAUUGAUGAUUAUAAUGACGUUUGUCCAAAUCAUUCAAUUCCAGGGAGGGCACAAGGAAGUUGCCCUAACUAUGGAAAAGCUAUCAUUGUUGAAACACUUGAAGAUAAAAAUAAAGAUAUUCAUUUUAAUUUACAAUUUUUAAAUGAAAUACAUACUGGGUAUCUGGGCAGAAAAAGCAGAUAUAAUUUCGAACUUCCAUAUGAUAAAAGUGGAAUAGCUAUGCAUCAUGGUUUUCCAACAUCGUGUCCAAUAAAUACGCAAGAAGAAAAGUUGUUUGAAAAAAUGGAUGAUUACAAUUAUGAUAUGUGCAAGUCUACCGUGUUUUCAUCUCCGUUCUCCAUGAAGGAAUGGGAUCGCAAAAGCCAUUCGUUUAAGUAUUAUGGCCUUUAUGGUUUGGGUGGUCGACUAGGUUCGAGUAUUUCAAAUUAUGCAGGAAAUAGACAAAGAGGUGAAAAGCGUACGAGUAACAUAACGUUACCAAUGAAGAAUCCAGGGUUAAUAAAAAACUUGUUCGAUUGCUCUAUAUACUCCUAUUGUUUAGGACCUUGUAUUGAAGACACGUACAGAAAUAAAUGCUUCCGAAAUUUACCAGCUUAUUAUAAUCACACAACAAAUGAAUGUGUCAUACUUGGUACACAUGAACAGGAAAGAAGCAGUAAUUGCAGAAAGGAAAAAAAUGACUUAAGUAAACCCAACUGCCAAAAGAUCAGAAAAACCUCAGAUUCUAAGGAUUGGACAUAUGUUACAUCAUUUAUUAGGCCUGAUUAUGAAGAAAAAUGCCCACCUAGAUUUCCUCUCAAUUCCAAAAGUUUUGGGAUCUACGAUGAACAAACAGGAAAAUGCAGAAGUCUCGUCAAAAAACAAAAUUUAAUUAGUAUUCAAAAUUUCGACGCCUGUUUAGAAUAUUUGUUUAUCACCUCUCCAAAAGAUUUAUAUAGUAGUAUGAUAGGCAAAUACUGGGGGGUUUGGAUUGCAAAAGAGCCGGUUAAUAAAGAUAAUAUGUUUACGGUUAGUGGGGAAUGCUACUAUAUAUUUCAAAAACCAACUUGCGUCAUCCACAAAGAGAACCAUUUUUCAUUUACAUCUCUCACAACAAAUGACAUUGAUUUUGAUCAAAACUUUAACAUAGAACCUGUGGAAGAAUUGAUUGAGCAGAGAGGUAUAAUCGAUUCAGUUAAACAGGGUAACAAUAAUAAAUGGGCUAAUGCUAGGAAGCAGCUAGAGGAAGACAAGGCGUUAAAUCCAACAGACUUUGACUUCAGUGCUAAGCAUGACAGUCGUGCAACAGAGUCGAAGGAAAAUGAAGAAGAAAUAAGGGUAGAGGAAGCAAGAAGGGUUGAGGAAGCAAGAAGGGUUGAGGAAGCAAGAAGGGUUGAGGAAGCAAGAAGGGUUGAGGAAGCAAGAAGGGUUGAGGAAGCAAGAAGGGUUGAGGAAGCAAGAAGGGUUGAGGAAGCAAGAAAGGUAGAGGAAACAAGAAAGGCAGAGGAGGCUAGGAAGGCUGAGGAAGCUAGACAGGCUGAAGAGGCAAGGAAGGCAGAAGAGGCUAGGAAGGCUGAAGAUGCUAGAAAGGCAGAGGCGGCUAGAAAGGCAGAGGCGGCUAGGAAGGCUGAAGCGGCUAAGAAAGCUGAAGCGGCUAAGAAAGCUGAAGCGGCCAAGAAAGCUGAAGCGGCCAAGAAAGCUGAAGCGGCCAAGAAAGCUGAAGCGGCCAAGAAAGCUGAAGCGGCCAAGAAAGCUGAAGCGGCCAAGAAAGCUGAAGCGGCUAAGAAAGCUGAAGAAGAAAGGAAGGCUGAAGAGGCUAGGAAGGUUGAGGAAGCUAGGAAGGCUGAGGAGGCUAGGAAGGUUGAAGCGGAUAGGAAGGCUGAGGAGGCUAGGAAGGUUGAAGCGGAUAGGAAGGCUGAGGAGGCUAGGAAGGCUGAGGAGGCUAGGAAGGCUGAGGAGGCUAUGAAGGUUGAGGAGGCUAGGAAGGUUGAAGCGGAUAGGAAGGCUGAGGAGGCUAGGAAGGCUGAGGAAGCUAGAAAGGCUGAGGAGGUUAGAAAGGUUGAGGAAGCUAGAAAGGUUGAGGAAGCUAGAAAGGCUGAGGAGGCUAGAAGGGCUGAGGUGGCAAAAGUGGAGGAAGACGCAAAGAAAAAAGUGGCGCAUGAAAGUAAAGAAGGUGUGGACGAAAAGGAUGAUAGCAAGAAAAAGGAUUUAUUUUCGCAUAAUGCUAUAAGUAUUGAGCAAGAAAAAAAAGGUAAUUUAAUAUUGAAUGACAGUAAAAAGACUGAGGGUUCCAAGACGAACGGAGUUGCUGAUUCAUCUAAUAACAACAGGGAAGAGUCAAAGGAGUUUCAAAAGCAUAAGUUCAAUAACAAUAAUAUUUCUGGUGAAAAUGGAAAUUCUGAAAGUAAUUCGAAUCCAGAAGCAUAUAAUGAAGAAAAUUUCGAAGAGGAAGUCGAAGAAGCGAAAAUGAGAAAGCAGCUUGACGAUAAGAAUAUCGGGUCGGAGAUUCCAAACAGUAAUUAUGCACCAAAAAAUUAUGAAUCCAGAGAUGAUAAAUUAGAUAAGGAUGAAUAUAUAAAGAGAGAUGCUAAAAAAACGCGGGAGGAGAUAAUAAAUUUAUCCAAAAAAAAUCCAUGUACUGUUGACGUUUCUUCAGAGUUUUGCGAUUAUAUGAGGGAAAGCAUAUCUUUUGGUAAUUGCUCUGAUGGUGAGAGAAAAGGACUGUGUUGUUCAAUUUCAAAUUAUUGUUUAAAGUAUUUUAGUUAUAGUUCAAAUGAGUAUUAUAACUGUACGAAUGAAGAAUUUGGCCACAGGGAUUACAAAUGUUUUCAGAAGAGUACAGUUUCAAGUAUGUUCCGUUGA